AUGGAUCCCCCUGCCGUAAACCUCUUUGAGGAACUAUAUGUCUACGCGGCUGCCCAUUCAAUAAAACAUGAUAAGAAUCCGCUGGUUUCCUAUCGUUUCUCCCUCAGCUCAGCUCCGGAACCCUCAGCUCCUCCUCCACUCACAGGUUCUCAAUCUUCGUCUGGGCCAGUCGAGUUGCAGGGUACAAUGAGCAAUCACGUGAGAUCAUUGCGCGGAAAGAAUCUGGCAGGUUGUGAUAUACCUGGUAGUCCAGAAGAGAGCUACAAGAUGAUGUAUAACUAUUUGUACAUGUUAGAGCAAGUGAAUCCGGGAACAAAGGCAUGUGUGAAAUUGGAUGAGGGAUCGAAAUUCAAGUACCUCUUUGUAGCCUUGGGAGCUUGCAUUGAAGAGUUUGCAGUUAUGAGAAAAGUGAUAGUUGUGGAUGUGACAUGGCUGAAGAACGGAUAUGGUGGUGUUCUAGUCUUCGCAAAAGCACAAGAUCCUAAUUGUCACGCUUAUCCACUUGCAAAUAGAAUCCUCAUCUCUGCUAUAGCAAACGUGUUUCCACAGGCUCACCAUGGUCAUUGUUUAUGGCAUUUGAAGGAAAAUGUGAAAGGGCAUGCUUGUAGCGUCAAAAAAGAUAUAGUCGGGCAUAGAUUCAUGGAAUUGGGCAGAUAUUACACGGAGGCUGACUUCAAAUCUGCUUACGAUUCAUUUAAGAUAAGCUAUCCUUCAGCCUACAAGUACAACAUGGAUACAAGCAACAGUGUGGAAUCAAUGAAGAACAUGCUUAAAGAGGCAAUGAGGUGGGACUUAAUACCAAUGCUGGAUUACAUCAUCGGGAAAAUCUCUGAUUGGUUCAAUCAAAAUCAGAAGGAUGCUGUUGCUGGAUCAAUUGAUAGCAAACUGGUGCCUCUGGUUGAGCUACGUGUGCGGGAGCUUGAUAGUUAUGAGUUUGAGUACGAGAUCACCGACACUGAAGGAAAGAUGUUUUUGGCGAGCUUAGUUGGGAAAGGUUGUACUUGCAAGGUGUGGGAUUAUGAAAAGUUUCCUUGUCUGCACGGACUGGCUGCUUACAUAAAUUUCACUACAAACGUUGGCAGGCGCCUUCAUAUCCAUGAGCUGUGCUCAGAAUACUACUGGUCGGAACUGUGGGCAAUGGCAUAUUCCAAGACACUUUAUGUUGUGCCCGACAGGUCUUCUUGGAAUGUACCGGAUUACAUCAAGGAGGUGAAGAUCAUGCCUCAGGAUUGCAUCGCACGGGAGGGAAAGAAAAGAGUUAGAAGUUAG